AGAUCUACGCUUCUAUUUAAAUUCCCCAUUUUCCCUUUAGCUCCUCUGAGAACUAGCCGUUACACUUCUACCUUUCUCACUCUCGCUCUCACUCCCUCUCUCUCUCAUGGCUGCUUCAGUGGAGACGCCAUCACCUUCCCAUCUCAACGAGGAAUCGACGACGAGCUUCUUCAUGAAUUCUCCUCUGUUCAGUCCAUCCUCUGAUAAGCGAUUCUGGAGCGCCCUUCGCACCCGCAUCGACACGCUUCUUGAGGACCGCAACUCCAAGAUCCCAAAUCUUAAUCCCUCACCGUCCAUCCAAUCAAAUGCUGGGGAACCGAAACGAGCAAAGACAUUGAAGGAGGAUUCAUUGCUUUUGAUUAGAGGGUUUGACUCCAUUGCCCACACUCUUUCUCAGCUAUCUAACAAUUUGGAUAAUGCUCUUCAGGGAGCUACUGAACUAGCUAGACCGCCCACAUUAACAGAAAUGUUCCAUAGCAGCCUGAAAAACUCAGAGAGCCAAGAUGAUGAUUCAGGGAGACAACAGAAUGCAGAAGGGCCCGACAAGGGAUUGAAAAGAAAAUUUGACAGCAGUCAUUGCUCAGAGGAACAAGGAGAGGACUUCAAGAUGGAAAAUGAGCAAGAUUCGAAACAUGGAAAGCUGAAGAAAGCCAAAAAUCUUGCAGUUACCAUGGCAGCAAAAGCUGCUUCUCUAUCAAGGGAACUGAAGUUGAUAAAAUCGGAUUUAUGUUUUAUGCAAGAGCGAAGCGCUCUUCUAGAGGAGGAAAAUAGACGGCUUAGAGAUGGGUUUGUCAAAGGGAUGAGACCCGAGGAAGACGAUCUGGUGAGACUUCAAUUGGAGGCAUUGUUGGCUGAGAAAUCCAGACUAGCAAACGAAAAUGCAAAUCUGAUAAGGGAAAACCAAUGCCUACACCAAUUGGUGGAGUAUCACCAACUCACCUCACAAGAUUUCUGUGCUUCCUAUGAACAAGUUAUACAGGGAAUGUGCUUAGACUUCUCGUCUCCGCCACCGCCCAUACCGGAAGAGGCAACUGAUAAGGAUCAUGAAGAUGUCGAUACCAAAUGUCCUCAAACGCCUCCAAGUAAUCUUUUUGGCUUCUCCAUAUCUCAUAAUGAGGGUCACCACAAAGAGCAGCAUGACCAGCUGAGCUGAACUUUAUUUGCAGCUUAUGAGGGAAGAAAUAAACAAAAGGGCCUUUCACUUAUAUUGUAUUCUUAUCAAUAAUAUUUAAUUAAAUUUAUGUUUAUUUAAGAUAAAAAUGUUUAUUUUAUAGUUUAGUUGUUUAUUUAAAAUAAAAAAAAUGCAAUAUUUGAAGUUAGACAA